CUCCCUCCCCCCACCCCUCCCCCGCCCGCCGGGGCUGGCGAGCGCCACGAAUUGACCAAGUGCAGCCACAACUUUGCGGCAUAAAUUGCGGGGUCCCGAACCAUGUCGCUGACCAACACAAAGACCGGAUUUUCGGUCAAGGACAUCUUGGACCUACCGGACACUAACGAUGAGGAGGGCUCAGUGGCCGAGGGACCGGAGGAGGAGAACGAGGGGCCGGAGCCCCCCAAGAGGGCUGGGCCCCUGGGGCAGGGCGCCCUGGACGCGGUGCAGAGCCUGCCCCUGAAGAGCCCCUUCUACGACAGCAGCGACAACCCGUACACGCGCUGGCUGGCCAGCACCGAGGGCCUGCAGUACUCCCUGCACGGGCUAGCGGCCGGCGCGCCCCCCCAAGACUCCAGCGCCAAGUCCCCAGAGCCCUCGGCCGACGAGUCACCGGACAAUGACAAGGAGACCCCGGGCAGCGGCGGCGAUGCGGGCAAGAAGCGGAAGCGGCGCGUGCUGUUCUCCAAGGCGCAGACCUACGAGCUGGAGCGGCGCUUCCGGCAGCAGCGGUACCUGUCCGCGCCUGAGCGGGAGCACCUGGCCAGCCUCAUCCGCCUCACUCCCACGCAGGUCAAGAUCUGGUUCCAGAACCACCGCUACAAAAUGAAGCGCGCGCGGGCCGAAAAAGGUAUGGAGGUGACACCCCUGCCCUCGCCGCGCCGGGUGGCCGUGCCCGUCUUGGUCAGGGACGGCAAACCGUGCCACGCGCUCAAAGCCCAGGACCUGGCCGCCGCCACCUUCCAGGCGGGCAUCCCCUUUACGGCCUACAGCGCGCAGUCGCUGCAGCACAUGCAGUACAACGCCCAGUACAGCUCGGCCAGCACCCCCCAGUACCCGACAGCACACCCGCUGGUCCAGGCCCAGCAGUGGACUUGGUGAGAGCCGCCCCUGAGACUCGCGGCCCAGGCCAGGCCCACCCCGGAGGCGGCGAGGAGGACUUGGUCCUUGGUGGUUACUAUUAUUAUUAUAUUAUUAUCGGAGAACCGGUCUCCUUUGGGCUCCGUUGAUGAGGCACCGAAGGUUCCAUCCACGACUCUUUCCCCGUCUCUCUCUCUCCUUCGAACCUUUGGAGGGGGUUGAACUCUGAGCCUUGUUUACAGACGUGUUUGCGCAGCUUCGCUUCUUGCCUCUCCCUGGGGACACCAAACCACCCCAGCGUUAAAGUCCUCACUUGAAAAGGAGAAACACAGCAACCCUUCACCCCGCUUUCGUGAAUUUUGUAAAAUAUGUUUGUGUGAGUAGCGUCAGCCGUCUUCUAAAGCAAGUGGAGAACACUUUAAAAAAUAUAGAGAAUUUCUUCUUUUUUAA